CUCCGCGGUGCCUGAACGGACAGCCGUCGCCUUCCUGAGCCUUCCUCCUUCCGCCGCCAUGAGCGUGGUGGAUCAUGUGCGGGAGAUGGCGGCCGCCGGGCUCCACUCCAACGUGCGGCUCCUCAGCGGGCUCCUCCUCACCAUGAGCGGCAACAACCCUGAGCUGUUUUCCCCAUCACAGAAGUAUCAGCUGCUUGUGUAUCACGCAGAUUCUCUCUUCCACGACAAGGAAUACAGAAAUGCCGUCAGUAAGUAUACAAUGGCUUUGCAGCAGAAGAAAGCGCUGAGUAAAACGUCAAAAGUAAGGCCGUCGACGGGGAACGCAACAUCUACUCCUCAGAGCCAGUGCCUGCCUUCCGAAAUAGAAGUGAAAUACAAAAUGGCCGAGUGUUAUACAAUGUUGAAGCAGGACAAAGAUGCCAUCGCUAUACUUGAUGGCAUCCCAUCCAGACAGAGAACCCCAAAAAUUAACAUGAUGCUGGCAAACUUAUACAAAAAGGCCGGCCAGGAGCGUUCCUCUGUGACAAGUUACAAAGAAGUUCUGAGGCAGUGCCCGCUCGCUCUGGAUGCCAUCCUCGGUUUGUUGUCGCUCUCAGUGAAAGGUGCCGAAGUGGCCUCCAUGACUAUGAAUGUGAUCCAGAGUAUCCCCAACUUGGACUGGCUUUCGGUGUGGAUCAAAGCGUACGCUUUUGUGCACACGGGGGAUAACACCAGAGCCAUCAACACCAUCUGUUCCCUGGAGAAAAAAUCACUACUCAGAGACAACGUGGACAUCCUGGGAAGCUUAGCCGAUUUGUAUUUCAGAGCCGGCGACAAUAAAAAUGCAAUCCUAAAAUUUGAACAAGCACAAAUGUUGGAUCCAUAUUUAAUAAAAGGAAUGGAUGUGUAUGGUUACUUGUUAGCCCGCGAAGGUCGUCUAGAGGAUGUGGAGAACCUCGGUUGCCGGCUGUUCAACAUUUCUGAUCAACAUGCGGAGCCUUGGGUGGUAUCCGGGUGCCAUAGCUUCUACAGCAAGCGCUACUCCCGGGCCUUGUAUUUGGGGGCCAAAGCCAUUCAGCUGAACAGCAACAGCGUGCAGGCGUUGCUGCUGAAAGGCGCAGCUCUUCGCAACAUGGGGAGAGUCCAGGAGGCCAUCAUCCACUUCCGUGAAGCCAUACGGCUCGCCCCUUGCAGGCUGGACUGCUACGAAGGCCUCAUUGAAUGCUACCUGGCGUCUAACGGUCUCCGCGAAGCCACCGUGAUGGCUAACAAUGUGUACAAAACCCUGGGAGCCAACGCACAGACUCUGACUCUCUUGGCCACGGUUUGCCUGGAAGACCCUGUUGCUCAGGAGAAGGCCAAGACGUUGCUGGACAAAGCCCUGACCCAGCGCCCCGAUUACAUCAAAGCGGUGGUGAAAAAGGCCGAACUGCUCAGCCGAGAACAGAAAUAUGAUGAUGGCAUUGCUUUGCUGAGGAACGCCCUGGCGAACCAGAGUGAUUGCAUUCUGCAUCGAAUGUUGGGGGACUUCCUUGUUGCUGUUAAUGAGUAUCAAGAAGCCAUGGACCAGUAUAGCAUUGCUUUAAGUUUGGAUCCCAACGAUCAGAAGUCGCUGGAGGGAAUGCAGAAAAUGGAAAAAGAGGAAAGCCCCACAGAUGCUACUCAAGAGGAAGAUGUGGACGACAUGGAAGGGAGCGGAGAAGAGGGGGAUCUCGAAGGCAGCGACAGCGAGGCCGCCCAGUGGGCGGAUCAAGAGCAGUGGUUUGGCAUGCAGUGACGAGACGGGCUGGGAAGUCAAGUGUGGAAAGGGUGACCCAAGAAGACAUCAUGCCCAGGGGAAUGUGUGCUCUUGAAAGAGCCAAGCCGAGUCAUAUCCGAAUGAAUGAUGGGGGAGCGUAGGUGGCAAAUACCUGCCUUGUUUCUAGUUUAUGGCCCUUAUUAAAUGUGAAGGCUGAGCAACUUGAGUGGUUCGACGGGGAGGCCUUGAUAUAUCAAGCUGGGAUUUUGAAUUAUUAUUUCUUAAAUUAGAAGCUUUAAAGCACAUAAAACCAUUCCUCAAACAUGUGUUAAUGAGGGAAAUGAUGUUGGAAUUGUGCGGCAAGCUAAUUACGCUGGAUUUCCUGUGGUGGAUAAAGGUAGCCUGCUCUCACAUUCUUUUAUGAAGGAAAGCUCUGUGCACAAAAGCCUUUACAGUGUCUUGGGAUGCUUAGACUCCUCCGGAAACCUGCAGGAGUCGCGCAGAAGGCCAGGAAAUUUCCUUCCAGGCUGUUUCUCUAGCCUCUUCUGCUUAUGGGUAGGUCAUUUCACAGGCCUGCUCGAAAGCAGAAGGAUGCCACAUAGAGGUGUGAAGGAGUUGAAGGAAUCCCAGUGGUUUCUGCAUUCGCCACGAACGCGUGCCAAAAUCCCUGUGACCGAUACCGGAAGAACUGAAUGGGACAACGUUGAGGAGAGUAAGCCAAUAAAAGGCCGUUGAAGCUGUUUCUUACCAGGUAAUAGCAAUCAACAAUAACAAAACUCCAGAACUUCCUACAUAUCCUGACUAUUAGAAACAUACAUUUUGUGUUCCACUCUGUGAUUUGAUGGCAUCGGAUGAUUCCCUCAAGGCCCAGUGGAACCCUUUCUGUGAAGUGCAGUCUUCAAUUUACUUUUUUUUUUAAAGUGCUGCUUUAUAAAAGAACAGGCCAUGUUCCUCUGUCUUUAUCUACACGCUCCCUCUUAGAGUCUCUUUGGGCUCACCAAAUCGGGAUUUUAAAAAAUAAUUGUUAUUCUUUUGGCAUGCGAGACUAAGAGGUGGGGUGUAGAAGAUUUAUAUAUACUUGUCUUGUUGUCGGUCUGCAGGAAAGUGGAAGUGGCGGAAACUACCCUUUUCUCAGCCCAGCUAAGACGGGAGUACAUUGAAAAGAGCUUAACCAUCGUGCUCCCCAAGCUUCUCCCAGAACAAUCGUGGAUGUCGUUUUGGGAUGGGGGACUGAGUUUGCUUUGUUUCUUCUACUUUUAGAAGCCAAAACAAUGUACAGGUAACACAGUGAUGAGAUGAGAAACCACAGCAAACUUUUGUUGAACAGAACCCCCCGAAAUUGCUGAAAUAAACUCUGUCGUACAAGGAAGAUUUGAAAAUUAUGGCUGAAACAAGCCUCAGUGUAAACUCACCACAGAGAUGGGGGGCAAACAGUAGGUAGGGAAAUAACGAAUACACUGCCAGGCCAUUACUACCGAGUCGCAACUAACAAAAACUAGAAGUUGUGAUGGAUUUCACAGGCAUAAGAAGUUUCCUUUGGGAAACACAGAAACGAAGUGGCUUGUACCAGUCCAGUAGUUGAAGUUCUUGUGAAUUAUUAGAGCUGUAAAAAAGGACUACAAAACCUUUAUGGGCUGUACAAGGCACUUAGAAACCAAGAAGAGGUUUGGUAGAUUCUUGGGCACCGGGUUUUGCUUUCUCUUUGAAUGAAAGAGACUCCAUGCUAAUUCCCAAACUGAAACGGGAAAGGGGCUGCUGGAAAUACCAUCUCCAGCUUCACCAAAUUAGGUUUGUACAGUUCUCUCUUUCUUUGUAUUGGCCCUGGAACAGAGCCCUGAAGAUGCUUAAUGUUGUUUUUUUAAAAUAAAAAUAAAAGUGACUUGCCUAAACAAAUUUGUAGACGUAA